AUGAACCACCUGCCGCAAGCUUGGGGUCGUCCCAGAGACGAUGUAUACGGCGCCUACGACCCUUCGCACUUCUCCGCUGCCGGCCCCAACCAGCACACCCAGAGCCCGAUCGUCACGGGUACCUCAGUACUUGCGGCCAAGUUCAAGGACGGCGUAGUCAUCGCCGCCGACAACCUGGCUUCAUACGGCUCCCUCGCUCGCUUCACCGACGUCAAGCGCCUACGAAAGUUCAAUGACGAGGUCGUCGUGGGUUUCGGCGGCGAUGUUUCCGACAUGCAGUACCUGGACCGCCUACUCAACUCGCUCGACAUCCGCGAGAACUACUCCUCCUCCGAAAACUCGCUGAAUGCCAAGAACCUCCACACCUACCUCGCCAAAGUCAUGUACAAUCGCCGCUCAAAGUUCGAUCCAUUGUGGAACCACCUGCUCAUCGUGGGCAUGGACGGAGACAAGAAGCCCUUCCUCGCAAGCGCAGACCUUCUCGGUACCACCUUUUCAUCACCAUCGCUGGCCACUGGCUUCGGUGCACAUCUCGCCCAGCCAAUCCUAAGGACAAUAUUGCCAGAUGAGGCCGCCGUGGAGAACGUCACAAGGGAGCAGGCGGUAGAGAAGAUCAAGGAGUGCAUGAAGGUUCUCUUCUACAGGGAUGCCAGGAGUAUGGACAAGUACUCGAUUGCCGUCAUUACCAAGGACGGCGUCGAUCUCGAUGAGAACGUGAAGCUGGAGAACCAGAGCUGGGCAUUUGCCGACAGGAUCAGGGGUUACGGCACCCAGGUUGUGUAG